AUGUUCCACAAAAAACCAAGGCUAGAGGGCCAUGUAUGGAAGCUUUCUCCGCACCGUCUAGUCCGCCGGGGCCCCAGGCAGACUGAACCUACCCUUUGUGUUGUGGACGAUCCAUUCCGACGCGCCCACGAACUCCCAUUGCAUUCCAAAACAAUGAACAUCAAGGAAAAUCAGAAAGUAACAGUCCCAGGAGUCGUGGAUCCUUUCUUCGCCCGUGAUAUAAAUCAUGGCUUGAUCCUCUGGGAGCAAUUGUUCUUAUUCUGCAUCCCGUCAUCCGCAACCUCUGGCAUCUACCAAAUCGCUUGA